ACCUUAUCUUCAGUCAUUCUAUAAUGUUUAAGUGAUCGGGCGGCUGAGUGUUUGAGUCACUUCAAAAUGAAGCGCAGCCAUAUCUGGAUCUUAUUCCUAUUAGUGGAAGUAAAUAGUUGCUUCAGUUUUAAUUUCGAGCCUCCAAGAAUCUCUUUCGAUUAUGAAGACUUUGCCUACAAAUUCACUACAUCAGAUUUCAAAGGCGAGAUCGAAGAAUUCGUCUCCGAGAAAUGUCUGGGAGAUUUGACAACUUUUGUAGAGCGAUUAUUGAACCCAAUAGGAUCCCUUGAACCUGGAUCCGGCGGAAGAUGGCCUUUGAAAAUGUGGGAUGCCAUGGGAAAAUAUCCCACCGACGGAUUUUUCACCCAAGGCAACUUCAUCUCGCCCGGUUCUCCAUCUUCUUGCGUGGAAGUUGAAGCCAUUUUUGACACGGCUUCGAGCAAAGGCCAAUUUGCAGGCAAAUACUGUUACGUGACAAUGCUGUCUGUCAACCAAUCUUCAUCAACCAUGCCCAUUUUGGACGAUGUGCUUCGAGAACGACACACAAGAGGGUUGAAUUUGAUCUCACCAAGUGGAGCAGCAUUUCUAAAUGUUCCCGAAGCCAGGGCUCUUCUGGGAGGAGGACUUGGAAAAUUUGGCAUUUGUUUGCCCGAUUCGUGUUCGUUUCCGGAUAUCGAGAACCUGUUGGGUCUUUACAGCUUGACUUUAUCGUCACUUGACGAGUUAUUCAUCAUGUCACCGCAAAACUGCAUUGAGAACCAAUCCGACAAGGCUUUCGAGACUGGUGACAUCCUUUUCUUAAUAAUAAUUAGCAUUUUCUUGGCUCUGGUUGCUCUUGGCACCCUUUACGACUGGAUUCAUAGAUGGCAGAAGGACACAUCUUUGGCUCCGACGGAUAAUUGGAUUGUUGGGUUUUCUUUGCAAUACAAUUGUAGCAAACUCUUUCGAGUGACUGAGGCAUCCAGAGGCGAAGAUCACUUGAGCUGCUUGGAUGGAAUUCGAUUCCUGUCCAUGAGUUGGGUCCUUCUGUCUCAUGCAUAUUCCUCGUGUCUUGGACUACCUCUGAAAAACAUGUUUCACGUGGGAGAUGAGUUCGUGGAACCAUUUCUCUUUCGUACCAUUCUGAACGGCUAUGUGUGUGUUGAUAGUUUUUUCGUUCUCAGCGGGGUUCUCACGGCUUAUUUGACCUUCAAAGAAUUGGACCGAAAUGAAGGUUGGAUGAAUGUUCCACUUUUCUACAUUCACCGAUACAUUCGCUUAACUGGAGUGUACGCCAUGAUGAUAUUCUUCAGUGCCACAGUGUAUAAAUAUUUGGAUAUUGGUCCGCUUAAUAAUGUGGAGUUUGAAGUUCAAAUGUGCAAGGAUGUGUGGUACUCAAACCUGUUGUACUACAACAUCUUUGUCUUUGAACAAGGAUUUUGCUUGGGUCACACUUGGUUCUUGACGAAUGAUUUUUAUUUCUUCCUUCUCUCGCCUCUACUGACGAUUCCAAUGUGGUGGAUCACCAAGAAAUCCAAGCGAAUUUGGGCCCUGGUGUAUCCAUUGAUUUGGUUGGCAAUAUUCACGAUCAUUAUUGCUGUUUUGGCCUACGCCAAAGAUUGGCCUUUGUCUUCCCUAGUGGAUUUCAUGGACUAUGAUUACCAAAGUGAAAGCUACAUCAAACCUUGGUGUCGAUGUCAACCGUAUAUUUUAGGAUUAAUGGUGGGCUACCUCGUUCACACUACAAAGAAACAAAAUCUGAGGAUUAGUUGGCCGUUAAGCUAUUGGUUGUGGAUUGCAUCCACAGGUAUUGCCUUGUCCAUUAUAUGGGGAGUGAAUGUGCACGAGGUUUGGCAAACGGGUGUGACACCAACCUUAGUAGCCAGUGUAUUUUUUAACGCCUUUUCAAGAAUUGGUUGGGCCCUAGCACUGGGCUGGCUAAUUUUCGCCUGUUGUCGUGGACAAGCUGGGAGUUUUUGGAUCAAUUCCUUCUUGACAUGGGAAGGCUUUGUGCCUCUAAGCCGACUGACUUACUGCAUAUUUCUUUGCCAUUGCACUGUGAUUCCGGUUAUGCUUUCGUUCUUCACUCACCACAUUUACGUCACACACUUCUUUGUGACUUUGAUUAUCUUGGCUGCGUUUACGAUUUCUCUGAUGGUGGCCAUUUUCAUGUGUCUAGUGAUUGAGAUGCCGUUGUUAAAUUCAGAAAAACUUUUCUUCUCAUGGAUAUUUUCGCUUAGAAAAACUUCGUUAUAAAAGAGAGAGAUAAUAAACGGACUAUUUUGCCUUCUA